AUGACUGACACUCCGAGAUCCGAGAGCCAGACCAGGUUCAGCACGCCCGUAUCUGACCUGAACGACCACCGCAACCAGCCUCUAUCUCUCCCGCGUGCCGAAGCAAACUCGCCCCCCAGAUCGCGCCGACCUACAUUUGCAAGCGCCCAUGGCCAGGACCACCCCGACAUCCUCCUCCAAGUCAACCAAGCCCUCGAGGCAGACAUCACUCGACGCGACUUUGAAAGCGCCGUGGUAGACGAUGACCAGCACUUGGCUCCUGAUGCCUAUGUUCGCCGCGGUUCGCUAGCCCACGACCCCCGGGCCCGACGAGACACAUUCCGACGCCCUCGCGACCUUGCUGUCGAGCGCCUGUCUAGGAGCAGGGAUUCGUCUACCAGUUCGCGAUCUGUCUCUCCCCCCAACUCGGUUGAUGCAUUUGCCGGGCCUCGUCGCCGUGACCGAGCCAACACUCUUCAGAGCCAUGCCGACUCAGAGACCGACCUUGCCUUGCAUAGAACCAUGUCUCGCACCACCGCGCGCCGCGCAACCAUCAGCGACGAGCGCCCCGAGGAAUUGCACACCGACGCAGCAUCUGCGCACAGCUCUGCCGAGGAGGAUGUUUGCUUCCCUGUUUCCGAGGACCCUGGCAAGACCACCAGGUUUGACUAUGAAGAGUUGGAAGAGUUUGUUGCAGAGGCUCAAAGCAAGACACCUAUUGGCCAGCCUCUACGCCACAAGGCGAGUGUAGCCUCUCGCCUCUCCGCAAAGCCCAAGGUCUUCUCCGAUCUUCGUCCCAAGUCGAGCCAAUCCACCACGCCCAAGACGGCAGACGACAUUACGAGCCUGAAGGAUGUCGACCCUGCGAUCCAGGAAAAGCUUGCAGAAGAAGGUCUUUCUCACGUCUUUACCGAGAAGCAUGUGCCCGAAGCCAAGGUCAAUCGAUGGACCUUCUUCUCCUCUGAGAUGGAUGACACGAUUCAUGCAGCCGAGCUUGGAGGGCUUCUCAUGCCUGGUGAACGCUUCCGCGAUCUGUUUGACACACCAUCAGAUGGCGGCGUCUGGUGGCUCGACAUGGUCAACCCAACAGAAGAGGAAGUGUUUGCCAUUUCAAAGGCUUUUGGAGUGCAUCCUCUUACUCGUGAAGAUAUUUGCAUCCAAGAGCCACGCGAGAAGGUGGAGUUGUUUCACCAGUACUACUUUGUCUCGUUCCGUUCCUUUUUCCAGGCCGACAAGGAGUCUGAGGAAUACUUGGAGCCCGUCAACUUCUACGCGGUAGUGUUCAAGGAGGGCAUCCUGACAUUUACCUUUUGCGAAAGCCCCCACACGCUCAACGUUCGUAAGCGUAUCAGUCGGCUCCGUGACUACAUCAACCUCAACGCCGACUGGAUCUGCUACGCCCUCAUCGACGACAUUGUGGACAGCUUCGCUCCUGUAAUCCGAAGCAUCGAAGAUGAGGCUGACGCGAUUGAGGACCAAGUGUUUAUUGCGCGCAUAGAGGACUCGCGUGAGAUUCUCCGCUCAAUUGGCGACUGCCGCAAGCGAGUAAUGCAGCUGCUGCGUCUAUUGGGAGGCAAGGCAGAUGUCAUCAAGGGCUUCGCCAAGCGUUGCAACGAAUCCUACAGUGUGGCGCCCCGAGGUGACGUGGGCAUCUACCUCAGCGAUAUCCAGGAUCACGUCGUCACGAUGAUGUCCAACUUGGCUCACUUUGAGGAAAUGCUCAGCCGCGCGCACUCCAACUACCUGGCGCAGAUUUCCGUGGACCAGGUCAUCCAGGGCAACGAUAGCAACGCUACCCUGCAGAAGGUGACUGUAAUUGCAACGAUUCUGGUUCCGCUCAACCUGAUCUGCGGUCUUUUUGGCAUGAACGUCAAGGUGCCAGGACAGGACGGCAGUCUAGCCUGGUUCUUCAGCAUCAUUGGGGUCAUUUGCCUCUUUGUUUCGGUCUGCUUACUUGUAGCGAGGAGGAUGCGAUACAUCUAG